AUGAUCACUUUUACACCUUUAUCUGGAGCAGCCCGUAAUUCUCAAACUUCGCCGCUUUGUUACCUGCUACAAGUGGAUGAUGUCAAGAUUCUGCUAGACUGUGGCUCUCCGGACUGGGAGCCAGAGAAGAAAGAGACCCCAUAUGCAUGGGAAGAAUAUUGUCACAGCCUGCGAGAAUGCGCUCCAACCGUCGACCUGGUUUUGCUAUCUACUGGCGAUUUACAACAUUCCGGUCUAUAUGCAUACGCGCAUUCCCGGUGGGGUCUGAAAGCUCCUACAUACACAACCUUACCAGUUCAGGCAAUGGCUAGGAUUGCAUCUAUUGAGGAAGUAGAGGGACUAAGGGACGAACAGGAUAUCGGAGACCAAUACCAAGUAACUGAGGGAGAGGACGGCAGUAUUCGUCCCGAGGGAGAGGAAGAGAAAGCGCCAGAGUCCAUCACGAAAAGCGGGAAGUAUGUGGCGACCCUCAGGGAAGUUCAAGACUCUUUUGACUCUGUCAAUACCCUUCGUUACUCCCAGCCUGCGCAUCUGCAAGGUAAAUGCCAAGGGCUUACUAUCACUCCCUUCAAUGCUGGUCAUAGUAUUGGUGGAACCAUAUGGAAAAUUCGCUCCCCGUCGUCCGGCACAAUCAUGUAUUGCGUCGACUUCAAUCAUAUGAAAGAAAGGCAUCUGGACGGAACAGUACUGUUACGCUCUGGCGGGAUUUUUGAACCUCUUGCUCGCCCAGAUCUACUGAUCACGUCUGCAGACCGUGCUUCUGUGAUCUCUAGUCGGAGGAAGGACCGUGAUGCUGCUUUAAUGGACACCGUCACAGCAACUCUUUCUUCCCGCUCCUCACUUCUUCUACCAUGCGACUCUAGUACACGUGUUCUGGAACUUCUUGUCCUUCUUGACCAGCAUUGGAACUAUUCUAAACUUCGAUAUCCGAUUUGCUUAUUGUCUCGUACUGCAAGCGAGAUGUUAACGUUCGUACGGAGUAUGAUGGAAUGGCUCGGUGGCACAGUUAGCAAGGAAGAUGUUGGAGAGGACGGAACGGGACAUCGUAGACAGGAUCGUAAACGCAGGAGAGGAGACGACGAUGACAAUGAAGAUGCCUUAGGCGCUUUCUCUUUACGGUUCAGGCAUCUCGAGUUAUUUCCAAAUCCCCAAGCACUGAUCCAAAAAUACUCAUCCAAAGACCCAAAGCUGAUCCUAGCCGUCCCUGCUUCUUUAUCUCAUGGUCCUUCGAGGCAACUCUUUUGCAGUUUUGCCGCUGUUCCAGACAAUGUCAUUCUCCUCACAGGUCGGAGCGAGCCUGGAACCCUUGGUCGUAUUCUCUUUGAUAAGUGGAACGACGGUCAAAGGCAAGAAACAAAGUGGGACAAUGGCAAAAUCGGGAGUAACAUCAUGAUGGAUGGGAUCAUGAGAUUACAGAUGAAAUCCAAAGAGCCCCUUCAAGGUGCUGAACUGGAGCAAUACCUGCAAAAGGAGCAAGCUGCUCGGGAGAAAGAAGCAGCUAGUCAAGCUGCAUUGGCCCGUCAGCAGCGUAUACUUGAAGCUGACGAAGACGACAGCGACUCAGAUUCCGACUCAGACGAGGAUGAGGAGGACGAAGUGCGGAGGGCUCUGGGCCAGACUGAUGAUCCAGACGAACGCUCCUUGAAGCCGCGCAAAGGGGAUAACAGUGAUGGGAAUGACUGGAAUCACAUCGAUGACGAAGGGUUGACCAAACAGCUACUCUCAUUCGAUAUUUAUUUAAAAGGCAACGUUUCCAAGGCCACGUCGUUCUUUAAGCAUGUUGGUGGACAGACUCAUCGGUUCCGAAUGUUCCCUUACGUUGAAAAGAAACGACGGGUGGAUGAGUACGGUGAAACGGUUGACGUUGGGAUGUGGCUACGGAAGAGUAAAAUAUUGGAAGACGAGGCUGAAAGUGAUGACAUUAAAGAUUACAGGCGGCGCCAGGCUGAAGAAGAAUUGAAGAAAGCUGCGUUGGAACCUCCCUCAAAAUUCGUCACAACCGAAGUUGAAGUUCAAAUGACCUGUCGUCUACUCUUUGUUGAUCUCGAAGGCCUAAGCGAUGGCCGUGCUAUCAAAACCAUUAUACCCCAGAUCAGCCCUCGAAAAAUGGUCAUUGUCCACGCUACCGAUGAUGCGACAGACGCUCUCAUUCAGAGUUGCGCAAAUAUCCGGGUAAUGACGAAAGACAUUCAUGCACCUCGCAUAGGUGAGAGUGUGCAGAUCGGACAACAGAUUAGCAGUUUCUCGAUUUCCAUCAGCGACGAGUUACUUUCGAGUAUGAAAAUGUCUCGGUUUGAGGACAAUGAAGUAGGAUUCGUGACAGGACGUGUUGUCACCUCCGCUAGUUCUAUUAUUCCAAUUCUCGAGCCUGUGUCUGUAUCAGCGCUGCCUAAACCGGUUGCUGCCCAACCCGGAGCUGGAGCGACAUCCCGUUUGCUCGGUUCUCGUCCGCCUGCAACCCUACCGAGCUCAACGAUGAUAGGAGAGCUAAAACUUACUGCUCUAAAAUCUCGUUUAACAGCAAUUGGGGUGCAAGCGGAACUCGUCGGAGAGGGUGUACUGAUAUGCGGGGGUGGUGCAAAAUACGAUGGGGCAUCAGAUGCGCUAGAGGCAACCGUAGCCGUACGCAAAACUGGGACGGGGAGAGUGGAGUUGGAAGGAAAUGUAUCAGAUGUGUAUUAUGUGGUUCGUAAGGAGAUAUACGCUUUGCAUGCCCUGGUAGCGGCUUGA